AUGGUACAAACAAACAAGUUAUCCAAAAAUAAUGGUGCAGCCUUAGAGGACAAUACUCAAUACAGGAGGCUGGUGGGAAAACUUCUGUAUUUAACCAUCACCAGACCCGACAUAUGCUUUGUUGCACAGCAGUUGUCUCAGUUCUUAGACAACCCUACUAUUAUUCAUUUGCAGGCAGUCCACAGAGUUUUGAGGUACAUCAAGAGUUGUCCUGGACAAGGCCUAUUCUUCCCUGCAAAUUCCAACUUGAAGAUGAGUGGCUUUGCUGAUUCAAAAUGGGCAGUUUGCCCUGACACAAGGAGAUCUGUAGCAGUUCUGGAAGUUCAUUUGAAUGAAGCAGCAGUGUUGCUUUCUGACAGUAAAUCUGACAUUGCUAUGGCUGAGAACCCAGUUUUCCAUGAGAUGACCAUGCAUAUAGAAAUAGAUUGCCAUCUAAUAAGGGAAAAGGUCUAG